CCUCUGUGCUUCUUGAAUGGACCCAACACUCCUCCACGACAAAGCAAAGACCCCAGCCGGUUGUGUUCUUCUGUUUUUCUUUCCAACGUCGUAAAGUUGACCUCACCGCUGCAUCACCAUGAACUUGAGGAGUUUCCGCAGAGUGUGUGCUAUUUUCAAAAAAACGACGGGCUUCAACUGAGCCAGACUUUGGCUAGACUUUUAUGCAACAAGGUGGAUCUUUGGGUGCGAGAGGGCAGUGAGGCUUUUUAAUCGAUAAGGAAGCAACGUCCAUCAUUUCAUUUAUUUUGUUAAUUUUGGACCACAAUGGGUUCAGAUGUACGUGACCUGAACUCCCUGCUACCUCCCGUUCCAGCCGGGCCCAGUCCAAGCUGUCUAGCAGUCAACACGGCCCCACAGUGGGCUCCCGUCCUGGACUUCCACACUGCCACCUCCCCUUACUCAUCUCUGGGACCCCCUCACACGUCCCUCGGGCCGCACUCGUUCAUCAAGCAGGAGCCCAGCUGGGGGAGCGCGAGCGACCCCCACCACCUGGACUCGGAUCCUCACUGCGGCCUCAGCGCCUUCACCGUCCACUUCUCGGGGCAGUUCACGGGCACGGGGGCCUGUCGAUACGGGGCCGCCUUCGGGGGACCCCCUCCUGCACCGGCCCCCUCCGCCCAGCCACCUUCAGUCGGUGCCCCGCAUCAUCACCAACCCCCCAGCAGGAUGUUUAGCAACCCACCAUACCUGACCAACUGCAUGGACACACAGCCUGCCGCCCGCAACCAGACAGGUUACAGCACAGUCCCGUUCGAUGGCGCCAGCAAUUACGGUCACACUCCAACUCACCCCAGCUCGCAGUUCUCCAACCACUCCUUCAAACAUGAAGACACUCUAAGUCAUCAGAAUUCCAUCGCAGAGCAGCAGUAUCCUAUGCCCCCUUCAAUGUACGGAUGCCACAACCCUUCAGACAGCUGUACCGGCAGUCAGGCUCUGCUGCUGAGGAAUCCUUACAACAGUGGUGAAAAUGUAUAUCAAAUGACCUCUCAGUUGGAGUGUGUGGCUUGGAACCCUGUCAAUACACUGGCAUCCACCAUGAAGAGUCAUGCAGGGGGCUACGACAGUGACCCAAGCGCGCCCAUGGUGUACAGCUGCAGCACACAGUACCGCAUACACACACAUGGCGUCUUCAGAGGAAUACAGGAUGUAAGGCGGGUUCCCAGCAUUGGUCCAGCAAUAGUUCGAUCAGAAAGCAGCGAGAAACGUCCAUUCAUGUGUCCACACCCAGGAUGCAACAAGCGCUACUUUAAGCUGUCUCAUCUGCAGAUGCACGGCCGCAAACACACAGGGGAGAAACCUUACCACUGUGACGUUGCAGAAUGUGGUCGGGGCUUCUCUCGCUCUGACCAGCUCAAAAGACACCAAAGGAGACACACAGGAGUUAAACCCUUCCAAUGCGAGACGUGUCAGAGAAAAUUCUCUCGGUCUGAUCACCUUAAGACACACACCCGGACUCAUACAGGUAAAACAAGCGAGAAGCCGUUCCAUUGCCGUUGGCCAAACUGUCAGAAGAAGUUUGCCCGCAGUGAUGAGUUGGUGAGGCACCACAACAUGCACCAGAGAAACCUCACCAAGCUCCAACUGACCAUCUGAGUCUGCGUUCACUCACUGUGGUAAAACGAUAGCGUCGGACUGAUCGAUUGUUCAUACUUUUGUCUGCCAAAAUCAUUGCAGCAGAAACCGAGGUUGCCCAAGGACAUUUCGUUCUUUCCUUCUUGAAUGUGUGUCCACUCAUGAAAUUCCUGUGCCCAUUCCUUUUGAGGGUUAAAGUAACCCGAGUGCUCUCUGGUGAAGCUUCAAAUUAUUAGCUUCAGCCCUAUCUGAACAUGACUCACUGAGCAAUUAAUCAGAUUUCACAGAAAAACCUUGGGAGUCAUAAAAGCGCACUUUUCACCCGAAUACUCCCCAAGAGCAUUAAAUGUGAUUUAAUGAUUGUGGAAAAAGUUGUACCUCACAGAAAUAAUUUAAACCCGAGCAAGCAGACUUACAUCUAAUCUAAAGGGCCCAGUGUAAUCAUUACAAAAGUAACUCAUCAGCGUCAUCUUACAUUUCGGCAUCCGUUUUUAGGGGGCUGAUUGCUAAUCCAGUUUAUUCAUACUGGACCAACUCUAAUUGAUUGUAAGAUCAAUUCAUUAGAAGUCAGAAUAGAAGCCAUGCAUAAUUUCUUGUACAUUUUUGCAUGGCAAAAUGGUCAGAUAGAAAUUAUGUUGUGGUAAGCAGAGAGUGUAAUUUGUCACAAUAUCAGGAACAAAUCAAAUACAAUAAAGUGUUUGUCAUCACCACUUUUGUAAAUAUCACCUGUUCAACUAUUUAUUUUUAUUUCAUGGAUUGAGUCACUGGAACAUAAGGGAGCUUGCUAUGUGCUCUUACUUUUUUUUUUUCAAUGCUGUAAAAAAAUGUCAAAGGUCAUGUUUGUAAAGGUGAAACAGCUGAAAUGUCGUGAUCAUUUGCAUCUGACUUGGCAGACAGUAAUUUUAGUGUUUUUGUCUGGGUCGCACUGUCAACAAAAAUUGUAGUUAGGUGUUCAGUCAUGUGAUGUAAACUUUUUUUUUAAUUCAACUCUCGUGCGUCAACAUUGCCUUAGUUUUGUGUGUAGGGGUGUAAAUAAUAAUGGACUCGGCCUUUGUUUUACACACUGCAUGUUCUCAAAUGUCUGUUGGGUCACACUGGCUCUGUGACCAGGACAUGGUCAAGAUGUAAAUAAUUUUGCUUUGCCAUGGGAACUGAGUUUUUCAUGAGGAUACAUGUGACUUUUUGGUGGGUGAGGGGGUGGGUUGUCUUUGAAUGUAUCCUGGAACUAUUUUUGUUUCUUCUUUGACAUGUAAUAACAAUUAAGCUGUAAAAAGUAAAUGCCAGUGAAAUAUUAUAACGAUGAGUUCGCUGUAUAAAUGUUUUCUGUUACAUUGUAGCCAUUAUUAUUAUUAUUUAUUCAGGUUUAAGCAAUUUUCUAUUAGCAAUUAUGAAAUGUGCACAAACUAACUGCUGAACAGCUCCGUUGUCACACUCUUUUCAACUUUGCCUAUAAAAUAACAAACCAUAACAUUAGGAUUAUUUUGUCCUAAUUUAAUUGACCCUAACCGCACACUGAUGUAUCAUAUUCCAUCUCUACAAAGAAAAUGCAUUUUGAUUGACCUAUAAGCAUUAUUGUGUCAUGCCCAAAAUUCAUACCUAUGAACAAUUUUAGCGAUAACUGUAUUUAACAAAUGUUUGCAUUGGUGUAGAAAUAUACACGGAAUAGUAGAGCAAUGAAUAUUUUACCCCUUUUACUGUACAAUGGAACAAAUAAACUAAAUAUGGUGUGA